UGUCUGGGGCUUUCCCUUGUUGUGAAGCAUUCGGUCGCGGCUGGUGUGGCGUACAGACGUGUGGUGACUGGUGAGGAGCUGAGCGCGGAGAUGACUUCCACAGAUAACUACCAGAGCCUGGAGGCCAACAGCAAGCCCAGCUCCAGAGUGUUGAAGCCCCCAGGAGGCGGAUCAAGCUGCAUUUUUGGUACCGCUGAAGAGGCCGCCGUUUCAAGCCGACAACACAGGAUGUCCUCCAAUAUCUUCGGGCCCUCAGCAGAGUCUGACAAUGCACCAAAGAGGUCCAACCCUCCAGGUGGAAAGACAAGUGGUAUAUUCCAGGCGUCCACAACUGCACAGUUGGCAGCGAAGCAGAACCCAGCAGCAGGAAAGGCCAGCAACAUAUUUGGUGGUGCACAACAACAAACAAGCCCAAAGGCACAUCCUAAUAAACCGAAGGAUAGCAUUUCUUUAAAACAAGCAGAAGUUUCAGCCUCCCCUAAACCAGUGAAGACUGAAGUGAAAGCUGAAAAGCCACCUCCUCCACCUCCAGCUCCCACACCAGAACCAACGCCGGAAGUGAAGACGCCAGUGGCCAAAGAAGAGAAGAAGGUUGUGAUGCCAGAAAUUGACAUUUCUAGACACGAGCCUCACCUAGGCCCCCGGCCACGCUCCCACAACAGAGUCCUGAACCCACCAGGGGGCAAAUCCAGCGUCACCUUCUAUUAAUGACCAAAGUGUAAUGGAGUUGGCAGGGGGCGGCCUUAUGCAUGUCAGUCAUACUCAAUUCUCUUAGAUCAGGGGAGCGCUGGGCAGCUAUUAAUGGUCUGAAAUUUAUAAGUUUAUUAGUACUUUGUACCAAAUGGAUGAAAAGACCCAAUCGCACCUAGCCAUCCCAUCCACACCUACGUUCUGUAUUGCUGAAAGGUAAUUUUAUGUCUGUGCUAGUGGGAGAAAUACUUCAGUUUUUGUUUUUAAUAACUUAUAAAAUGAAGUGGAUUAUUUACAGAGCCAAUGCCUCAUGGGUUUGUUUCCCAAUAAAAUUCUUUAAUGUGUCCUGUCCGAGAAGCCAUUUUGGAAACUGACCCACCACCAAUAAGUGUGCCUUUACCAGAGACCAGUGACCCUGGUUAACCAUUUUGGCAUAAUUUUGAAGGCAACACGCACACCCUUUUCAUUUCAGGAGAUUGAUUAAUGAAUCUCUUGAAACGGCCACAUUAGUUUUGACCAAGCAUCUGCAUUGCUGCAAUUGGGUCAGUGCACAUAAUGGCUUCUACUGCAUCAGCGAUCAAAACGUUUGCUUCUGCAGGCCUCUUUGCUUGGAUUAGACACGUUAAAGCUGAAGUUUAGGCAUGGAUAUUUUUGCUUGGUUAUAUUGGUCCAGCUUGCUUCAACGCAAGCAUCUGUGUGUGCCAUACAUGUGGGAUCCCCAUGGAACCUGGAAAUGACUAUAGUGAUAUUGUUUCUACAGUGAUUGCCACUGGCUUCUGGGUCUCAUGCUAAAGCUGGCAUGGGUACCAUUCAGAGAACACUUUGCAUUUUCUCAAUAAAUACAAAGAAUUCUCUAUUUUGGAAGAGGUGGAAAUUGGCCUCUCAACCUUGUCCAAUCGGCGAGCACUUUGUAUUUUCUCAAUAAAUGCAAAGUAUUUCCUGGAUGGCAUCCGUGCUGAGCGAGCGGGCGACCUCCUGUGUUUGCAAUUCAGCAGGGUGACCUCUGCUAAUGAAGAUCCAUGUACUAGCAAUGCCUACUACAUGGAUCUCCAGCUUCCAAAGGAAUCCCACAGGUAUGGUGCCAACAUACUUGCAUUGCUCCCAUGGUGGACCAAUGUAACUGGGUAAAAAUUAUAAUGCCAAGCUUUAAGCAUAGGGGACUCUGAAAACCUAUCCCUGCUGACUCUGUUAUUGGUUUUAUGCUUUUUUUGAAUGUCAAGUCCAAAGCCGUUUUCUACUUUUUAAUAGAAUGGGGAAGUAUUAGAACUCCUGACAGGUUUUGCUUUUGCUUUUUUUUUUUUUAACAACUUUAUUGAUACAAAGGACAUCUUACAUGACAGUCAAGUACAUCAGUCAGCAAAGGUCCUGGCAGGUUUUUACAGCCAUCUGGUGCUCAGAUUUCCCAUAACUUCCUGUCCUGCUGAAAACAGGAAGUCAGGGAAAAUGUAUAACAGGGACACAGACAGAAAUACAAAUUUAUUAGAAUUCCAGCCUUCCCCCUCCACUAAAGGAAAUCAUCUUUAUUUUUGUCUGAUGUUAGAGGUCCCCUCACUUCAGGCCUGGUAAAGUCAACAAGACAAAGUAGGUGGUAAGUAAAUCUCUCUAAUGGAGACCCAUAUGGCAGUAAAAAUCUGAAAGGGGUUCCAACUUUUACCCACACUGUCCAAAUCAAAGAAAAAAAAAGGUUUUGAGCUAAACAUUUGAGCUUUUUUUUUUUUUACAUCUUUAGGCCAUCUCAAGAGGAUCCCUAGCAAGAAAAAAAAUAAACACUAGGCAUCCGUCUUUAGAUAGUCAGGCAGUGUCCUGGAAUAGUUGAUUAUUAAAAUGUUAAUUUUUGUUGAAGUCAGAAGUGAUGCCUGAAUGCCAGGAGAGCCAAGCCCAGUAUGAACUAUUUUCUACACAUCAUACAAUUUUUUUUUUUUCUUUCUUUCUUUAGCUUAACCUUCAACUAUCUAGUGCAAGCACCUGCCUGACUGCAGACAAGUUGAAAGUGUUUAGGCUUGACCUUGUGUUUGUAUGAUUUUGGUAAAUUUAAAGGGGAAAAUUGUAUAAUGUGUAGCCAGCUUACACUUGAGCUUGGCAGACAUUUUGUAAGCCAGAUCAAUAUUCAUGAGCGUUCAGUCCAUUAUUAAAAAAAAAAAAAUGCUCUGUGCCUGAUAAGAGCUGUCGGAUUUGCCCCUAGGAACUAAUUGUACUCCUUCCUUGCUUACUACACCCAACCAGAUUCUUUCAUUUCAUAACCUGCACUGUAGGGAUGGAUGGGAGAAUUUUAUCUGCUGUGGGCAAAACACGUGCCCCCACUCAGAUACUUUGAUAAAUAAGGCUCACAUCUUUCCUUGGUAGCUGAGGGCAUGCUCGCAGAUAUGGCAAUGCAAUUCCUGAAGGGGGGGCUGCACUGUGAAUUGACUCAAAAUCCCAUAAGUGUUUUGUUGUAUUUAGGAAUACACCAUAGUUGCACUUGAGGAUGUUGUGUGUUCUUGAACAAGUUGCCAAUGAUUUAAAUGGUGCCAUCUCCACUCGCAAGAGUCUUCCAACACUGCUUUUUCAUGAUGGUCGUGGGCCUGAUGGUAGCUUCCUUGGAGGCAGUUCCAGUUUAACUCCAGACCUCUACAAAGGCAACAUUCUCUUGUCAAGUCGAACAAGUCCUUGGACUCCUGGCCUAUUGGCUCAGAAAUAUGGCUCUGGAAUCCAUAAACCACAAUUUCAACAUCCUUUUUCUACACAAGGUGGUAUUCCUUGGAGUUAUCACCUCUUUAAGGCGUGUGUCUAAGCUGGCAACCUUAAAUCCGCAAAGGGCCCUGUCUAGUUUUCCAUUAGGAGAACUGAAACAAUGAAUUUUAAAUAUGUCACCAUGGCAUGGCUACCAUGGACAUGUUAAAGUAUAAGGUGGUGUUGAGGCUCAGGACUUCCUUCUUGCCUUUUUGAUAGUUUCUUCCUUUUGCCUCAUCCAGGACAUUGUUCUCUUCCCUCCUGUACAGUCCAGCUCCAGUUUACUGUGAGAUUUCCCUCCAUUGUCUGUCUGGAUGUGUAUAUAUUUAUGGGGGGUAAUUGUGAAGGACUUUCAAGGUACCAGAGGAUUGUCUGAGUACACAUGUAGAGAUUUUUUUUACAUACUGCCGUCGGCCCUGUAGGGACUGCAUUGCUAUAUAAAUCUAUUUAUGUUCCUAUAUUUUGAUCAAGACCAGAGCUACCAUUCUCUCGAUUAUUCAUUUGGCCCAAACAAAAUGUCUCUCUCCCUAACAGGCAAUCCUUGUUUAAAACUUUUAUAGGAAAGAAAUGAGGUGCUUGUAUAUUAAAGAUAUUCGCUUACUGAUAAUUGAAGUUUGUACUGUAAUGUUGACAAAUGACAUUGGAUACUAGUUAUAAGGUGCCACAUAUCUUUGAUGUUACAUGACUGUUCGAAAUUGUGUAGAAUCCCUUAGAAUGUAUAUUUUUCUUUUAAUUUUCCAACCACAACACCGCCCAGUAAGAAGUUUGACUUUGUGUUUUUUACUGCAUACCAAAAAAUAA